AAGGUCGGCGAGCUCGGCAACAACGGGCCGUUCGGUCCGCCGGGCCUCGUCGGUCUGCCCGGUCAGGCCGGUCUGCCCGGCCGGUCUGGCCUGCCCGGCAGACCGGGUCUGCCGGGCUCCGAGGGCCAACAGGGUCUGCCCGGAGAGCCGGGCCUGCCCGGAGACGAGGGUGUGUCCGGCCUCGACGGCGCCAAAGGUGGCGCCGGCCUGACGCCCAACUGUGCCAUCGGCCUGCCCGGUCAGUCGGGCGGACAGGGUCCUCAGGGUGCGCAAGGCAUGCCGGGACCAAAAGGCGUCCGAGAUGGCAGCAAGGGUUCAGCAGUCUACAAAGUCCACAUUCCAAGAUUUGAUGAGGAUAUGUACAAGGUGGGCUUUGUGAUAACGAGGUCAGACAAAAGCGAUUCUAAAACUCUUUUCAUACUUGGCCAAUUGUGGUACAAUUCAAUCCUGGCUUUGUUACAUGCCAUCCCAGACAUCCAUUCAGACCGACAUGCCUGA